CGACAUAUACCUUUUCCUUGUCAUCUAGUAGAUUGCACCUCCUUCUGCGCUAAAGACCUCUACGGGGGUCUUAUUUACGUUCAAACCUUCCAGUCUUUUAGGUUGUUUUCUUCAAACUUGUUUCGUUCGUGAUGACCGAAACGCCGCAUUCGGAAGACUGCCCGAGUCCACGAUCCCAUGGUUUGCACAUAUUUCCCAUACGGAAUCGGCUCUUUACAGAGGAAACCGUGCCUGUACGAAAUCACGCUGCGGUUUGCUUCACCAUGACGCACGAAAAUCCCUUUAAGUCGCCUCGCGAAGCAACCGACGUUCUGGAAGCCGAUGCUGUCUCGCACGUGUCGUCUUUAUCGAGCGAUUCUCGCCGACGGAACAAUUCUCGAUGGAACGGAGUGGACAUGACAGGUGAAACGGGUACGGGAGCGCUACUAUUGCCUCACGAAAUCGCUUUCUUCACCCCAAGGACGCCAUCCCCAGAAUGGCUUGCAGGCGAUGAAAGAGACAAUGGUGAAGGUUUUACUCUAAUGAUGCCACCACCUCCAUCUCACAAAGUUCCAACAACGACAGUCCGGCCUUCACCAUCUCUGCCUCGGCCUAUCCUUGGCAAAUUCCGAUCCACACCCAUUUUCCCCCACCCGAGUAGUAUUUCUCCCAUUUUCGAAGGCAGAAUUCGGACGUCGGUUGCCGAUCAAUCUCUAAUCUCUCAAGUGACGGAGGAUGACACUCUUUCCUUACUCGGCAACCGACCCCGACGACGACCAGUGCGUGGAAGCUCCUCUGCCAUUUCGGUAGGCAGUAUUGUGGGGCAAUCUUCGCUAAAAACAGUUCCGACAUUGGCUACUGUCAGUAUAUCGGAGCAGAGCUUUACGCAUCAAAUCAAGGCGCAGCAGACACUCGAUUCGCUCGUCGCGGAACGUUCGCCGAUGCGCCAUGGUCUCGUCAAGCGGGAGUUACACUACAUGUUCAAAAGUGUUUCCAGUCCUCUGCGUCGAUUUCAACAAAGCCGUCAAAAAGUUGAUCUUCAGCGAACCAAUAAGGGCUGCUUGACUUGAUAACUUGAAUCGGUCAAGGGAGUCACCGUAUGUGUCCCAAAUGGGAUGAUUACGUUGCUACGCAAUCGUUAGUUGUUGAUUUAUAUUCCCAGCUGCUCGACGAUUCGUCUGUGUUUCUAUGUGUGCGGGAACAAUUUUACCGCAACAAUUUUAGUAUUAAAAGUAGGUUCAGUAAAAUUGA